GCGCCCUCUAACGUUCGGUGUCGUAUUGCAGCGCUAAAGUUCGGUAGAGAAGAUGGCGGAGGGAGAACUGAACGUAGACAGCCUCAUCUCUCGACUCUUGGAAGUGCGAGGAUGUCGUCCAGGGAAGAUCGUCCAGAUGACGGAGGCCGAGGUUCGAGGUCUGUGCAUUAAAUCCAGAGAGAUCUUCCUCAGUCAGCCCAUCCUGCUGGAGCUCGAGGCACCGCUCAAAAUCUGUGGUGAUAUCCAUGGUCAGUACACCGACCUGCUGCGGCUGUUCGAGUACGGCGGUUUCCCCCCAGAGGCGAAUUAUCUCUUCCUGGGCGAUUACGUGGACCGAGGGAAGCAGUCGCUCGAGACCAUCUGCCUCCUGCUGGCCUACAAGAUCAAAUACCCCGAGAACUUCUUCCUGCUCAGGGGCAAUCACGAGUGCGCAUCCAUCAACCGCAUCUACGGCUUCUACGACGAGUGCAAGCGCAGGUUCAACAUAAAGCUGUGGAAAACCUUCACUGACUGCUUUAACUGCCUCCCCAUCGCCGCCAUCAUCGACGAGAAGAUUUUCUGCUGCCAUGGAGGUCUCUCUCCUGACCUGCAGUCCAUGGAGCAGAUCCGGAGGAUCAUGAGGCCCACGGACGUUCCUGAUACAGGUUUGCUGUGUGAUUUGUUGUGGUCAGACCCUGAUAAAGACGUGCAGGGUUGGGGAGAGAACGACCGGGGCGUGUCCUUCACCUUCGGAGCCGACGUGGUCAGCAAAUUCCUGAAUCGUCACGAUCUGGACCUCAUCUGUAGAGCGCACCAGGUGGUGGAGGACGGGUACGAGUUCUUUGCGAAGCGGCAGUUGGUCACGCUUUUCUCCGCGCCGAAUUAUUGUGGAGAGUUUGACAACGCGGGGGGCAUGAUGAGCGUCGACGAGUCCCUCAUGUGCUCCUUUCAGAUCCUGAAGCCCUCAGAGAAGAAGGCUAAGUAUCAGUAUGGAGGUGUGAACUCGGGCCGCCCCGUCACACCUCCCCGCACCACACAGGCCCCGAAGAAGAGGUGAACGGCCUGCCCCGCCCAUCCGAACCGCCCCCACCCACAACCCCAACAUAAACAGCCUGGAGGCGGUACUUAUUCACAAUCAGCCUCUCUCCCUCUUCCCUCGCUCUUUUCUUAAUGUUGGUGUACAUAAUUUUUUGCCGUGACCAGGUGAUAAGCGCUUUCUGUAUGUCUCUGCCUGUUCGGUGGUAUUUUUAAUAAUAUUCAUAUUAAUAAUUACACGAAUUGCGAACGGAGGAUCUCUCUCUCUUUCUCUCUCUCUCUUUCUCUCUCUCUCCCUCUCUCUCUCUCUCUCUCUCUCUCUGUCUCUCUCGGACGCAGUAUUGACAUUAAUAUCGAUGUUAGCGUGAUUUCUACAUAGGGGUGUUUAUGAAUUUAAACCGGGGGCUUUAAGCUGAAUAUGUUCGCCUUUGAGUAUACACACGCUCUGUUUUUACUCUCGUGACUGAAACGAGUGCACUAAGAUGUACAGCACACACACACACACUCCACUACACACUACAGUAUGACGCAAUGCAAGCUCGGUAUAAGCCCAGGCUUGGGUGGGUUUUUAUCCGUCCGCCGGUGACUCGGAGGCUAUGAGAGAAGAUGAGCGAAGUGAAGUGAACGAGAUGAUUUCAGUGUCGUUAUGAGGGAAUCGAAUGAUUUUCCACAGACACGGUCAUGAAUCUGGCUUAAACAGCGUCCUAAUCGAUAGAUACGUCGUCCUAGACGAGGAUAAUAAACCACACGGUGCGACCAGAUGCGACGGACAUUUUGUAGACGUGAACAUUUUCCUCAAGUGUAGUUAUAUAUAUAUAUAUAUAUAUACACACACACACACUCCAGUAACCGUACCGUGACCAUGCGGAUCGUUAACGUUUGAGCAGCUGCACCUUCGCUUCCUGCCCGCGAUCUCAGCUGUUUUUCCCCUCAGUAAUAAUCUUCAAAUCGGUCCUGUUCACACUUUUUCUUAAAAGCAACAGCCAAAUGACUCGAGACGCUCAGGUCGUCAUGGCGAUAAAGCGACCCUGCGUCCAGCCUUGAGCUUUUUAUGGCCGACGCGGUAACCGUGGACACUCGAGGACUUUGUCGAUGUUGCUGUAGUCAGCCAGUUGGGUCGCUCGAACUCCACCAUAUUAUUCGUAGCUACGCGAAUUUUACCCGUGUGACGCCGCUUUCACAAGCGAGCGUUAUUCUGUUCCUGGAGAUCUACCUUCCUGAAGACUUGAAGUCUCGAGGCAAUGAUUAGACGGGCAGGUGGACACCGUUAUGGUUGGAGUUAAAGAGAGGGAGAUACUCCAGGAGCAGGGUUGGAGAUCACUGCUCCAAGCCGUCAGUGAUAUUAGCCAGCUGUUUAUUUACCUCGCUUUAGUAAACCAGAUGAAACUCUUUUUCGUCAUCAUUCCAUUCUGCAACGAGUAUGACAGGAUGUUCUGUCUCUCUCUCUCUCUCUUUCUCUCUCUUUCUGUCUGUCUCAUUUGUUCUGUCUUCUGUUUGUUUCUCUGUCUUACUAUCUCUUGUUCUUGUCUAUUUUUCUCUGUCCAUCACUCUCUUCUCUCUCUCUCUCUCUGUCUCUCUCUCUCUCUCUCUCUCUCUCUCUCUGUGUGUGUGUCUCUCUCUCUCUCUCUCUCUCUCUCUCUCUCUCUCUCUCUCUCUCUGUGUGAGAGACGACAGUUCCAGAUAUAAACUUGAGCCGUGUCUGUGGAAAGUGAUGAAGAAUUCAGCAGGUUUGCUGCAGGAACUCGUCCAGAACGUGGUUCAGACUCGAUCGAAACAGGACAAGGACAGAAACUAAAUCUCACACGCUUGUAUUUGCACACUGCUUUUUCUUCUUAAUAAUAAUAAUAGCAUUGAUGUUAAUGGGGGGAUUUUGGAGUGCAAUGGCCACUACAAAUCUCUCUCUCUCUCUCUCUCUCUCUCUCUCUCUCUCUCUCUCUCUCUCUCUCUCUCUCUAAAGCGCAGUAUUGAUGUGAUGGUGACUUCUCGUAGGGAGUUCAUCCAAGAUUUAAAAAGGGGACUUUACAGCAUUAAUUGCAUCUUUUACCCCUCUUAUUCUCCUUUUUGUUUGUUUUUCAUUCUUAAAUGGAGAAGUGAUGUUUUUGUUUUUUGUUUUUUCCAGUGUGGAUAUAAUAAUUCCUGUUUAGUGCUCGUUUAAAACAGAAGUAGUAUUGAGUGUGAGAGAUGCUAGUCGGUGUGUUUGUGCACUAAGGUAAGAUGUUUUGGCAGAAGACGAGAGGUUCAAUAUAAUCUAAUAUAAGUACGAUGGGGAUGGGAAGCCGGUCGUAGUGAUGGCGCCACCUGGUGUCCGCAGAAGAGAGAAUAAGAACGCUGGUUGCACUCGAUCCAGAGGCGAUGAUGACGAUUAAAGAGGAGGAAUCAUUUGAUUGGUUAACGCCGCUGUCGCUCACUACUCGAAACAAGAAUCCGUUCUUUUUUUUCUUCUUCUUCUUCUUUCUUGCGUGAACAUUGUUGCCUCUUAGAUAUUUGUCAGUUCUUUCACUGCUAUUCGUCAUCAUUUUAUUUUGUUUUUAAUUUUUUUUCUUCACUAAUUUAUAAUUGGAUGUCAGGGAACAUAUUCCAAAACACAACAAAAUUUGUAUAAGUGGGUUUCACGUUCUUUGAACUCAAUAAAUGGAGAUUAAACAA